AAUAGAUAACAAAAUGGGUACAUUUACGUUAUCUUUAAUGUAAACUGCCCCAGAAACCCGAUUUUUCCGUAUACCCGUGCAUUGAACAGCACUGUAUCAUUUUCUAAAACCCUCGCAUUUCCCCCACACGAAGGAAGCAGCAACAAUGGCUUGGCGCGGUUCGCUUUCCCGAUCGCUGAUGUCCGCCGCUAGGGCUUCCACUCCCCGCUCAUCGCUGCCACACGCCACCCUGCGUUCUCCUCCUGUUUCUUCCUCUCGCCUCAAUUCACGUCGCCUCUCCUUCUCCAAUCCCAGCACACUGGGGGAACUGGGAUGCACCCAGUCGCUAUUGUCACUGCAUAGGACAGUGGCAGGAACACGGUUGACAUCUCAUUUGGCUGACAAUGUGCGAGCUUUCUGUGAGCUGUCCCAUGGUACCCUCUGCCGUUCUUGUCAGGAUCGCUAAUAGUUUCUUUGUACCUGAACAUAUUUGGACCGGAAAUGCCAGUGCGCUCAAAUCUUGGACUUGGUUAAUAGGUUGUUUUGCAGGAAUUUCCCCUUUGGGGAAAAAUUGAAAUUAAAUUAAUAAUUUGCAUUUUUCCCAGUUUAGCCUAUUUCAAGUAGAGUCUAAAUUAAAGACAUUUUUAGGCAGCUGAAUAGUGUUUUACUGGUAGUUGCCCGCACACUCAAUUUUCACUACCUUUAUCCCUAUACUAUGCUGUAACAAUUUUGGUCUAUUUGUUGGUCUUGAAAACUAUAUUGAAUGAUGUCAAGAUUAUUAAAAAUCCAAUUAGAGGCAGUGUGGACUACUACUGUCAAAGCA